ACUAAAUGUUCUAGAAUUAGAGGGGACAACUACUCACUUCUAAACAAAGGGGUUGACGGAAUGAUGGGACGAACGAACGGUGACAACGUUGAAUGACAACGACGAUUGGACGAACUUCUUGCGUGAACUUCCUUCUUCUACCUCCCCGUCUACUUGUCGGAAUGGUCUCCUCGCCUGGCUGCCUUGAUGGGACGCUGCUUGUAUCAGAGAAGGCAUCCUUUCCAAAUCUGCAGGGUCUCUCUCUUAGUGAUCUUUUGGGCCUUAGCGACACUGAUGUUCUGUGGAAUAUUUCGUAUGAUGCUUGUAUUACCAUUUCAGAGCUUAAACAGAAGCUUGUGGGGAUUUAUCUGUGCUCGGAUUGUAUAAGUUUAAGGAAGGUUCGAGAGGUUCACGAGGAAUGUAGACAGAUAAAGUAUGAGCUUGAGAUUGUGGUGGUGUGCUGCCCCUUCUAUAAUCCGCUGCCCCCAAUGUUACGUAUGGAAUUGAUCAUAGGAGCUCUUGCAAGACUCAAGGUGCUAGGCUGGUGGGUUUUUCCCUUUGACAACACCGUAUGCCACAGGCUACACAGGGAACGAAUGUGUGAAGUUGACAGUAAUGAGGAAGAUCUUUUCAUAGUGGAUCUUAUAGAAAAGUAUGUAGAUCCCUAUGGAUUACCAAUCAUUCGUGACUUCGGCAUGGAGUGUUAUCCCUUCACCAGGAGGAAUUUGGUUGAGAAGGAAUUGCAAAGGAUAACGGGACUGAGAUUGAACUCAUUACUGCUUCCUUGGACACAUGUCUCUGCCACGCUUGUUGAGUAUAUCCACAUCUUUGACUUUUCUACAGCAUUGCUUAAAAACAAGAUUGUUGUUCUUUAUCUGUACAAAGAGAAGGAGAAAUUCCUAGCUGAUAAAUUGACUGCAUGGUAUGAAAAGAAUAUUAAGAGAAAACAUUCAAAUGUUGUUAAGGUGGUUGCUGUAAGCAUAGAUGGUGGCGGCACUAGUGAUAAAUACUUCAUGGAUAAGGGGUGGUUGGUAUGCCCUGCACACCAUCCAUGUCAGCUUAACUUUGUGAUGAAUACUUCCAUCCUCUCUGUGGGCCACACGAGGCUGUUGUUGCAUUUGGUAAAGAUGAAUGGGGCUGAUAUCAAAUUGGAAAUAAUUCAAAGAAUGGAGGUGGAGAGGGAUGUAGAUCUGUUUGCUGCGGAUGAUGAGUGUGGAGGAUCAGACUUAAAGUCAGAGUCCAAUUUGAUGCGUCACUGCCCAUCGACAUCUUACAAAGCUUUAUCAGAUCGGACGCUAAAGCGGUUAGCAGAGGAGGCAUGCUUUCCGAAUGUAUCUGAGUGCCGACUAAAACAGAUCAAAGCUUCGAUUUCUGGUUUUGAAUUCAAGGAUACUUUUGACCGCCCUGACACACAUGCCCUAAGUAAGGAAUAUAAGAUCGGCUCAUAUUUUGAGACAGAAUACCCCGUUUAUUCCGAAUCCUUCCUACAUGUGCUCAAUGUUGAGGUUGGCAAACAACUGAAUGUUUUGGAGUUGCUAGGGGAUAACCUCUUAAGUUUCAGCCAAAACAUAUCCCAGCUUUCAGCCCAUCGAAUUCGCAGUGUUUAUCUCACAGCUUUAGCUUCUCAUGAGCUCGCUAGGAGAGAUGAUUUCGUGCUGGUGGUGGUGCCAAUGAUGAGGAAGGGUUUCACUCAUUCUCUCUCUGCCUAUCAACAAUUUUUGUUGGGCUUUUCCUGCCUUGCCGUCCCUUUCGAGGACUGUGAUCGGCGUGAGCGGAAUUGCUUAGCACUUGGUUUUGAUGGAUUGCCUACAGUUGCGAUUCUAGAUCCGUCUCAGGAGGACGCUAGUAUAUCUAUUUCAGAACUUAAGAAGAAGUUUGUGGGGAUUUACUUGUGCUCUGAAUGUUAUAGUUUAAGGAAGCUUCAGGAGGUUGAUGAGGAAUGUAGACGGAAAAAGUAUGAGCUUGAGAUUGUGGUGGUGUGCUGUCCCUUUGAUAUGGGUGUGCCCCCAAAGUUGUUUGAGGGGCUGAUCAUGGAUCAGCUUGCAAGUCUCAACCUGCUUGGCUGGAGGAGUUUGGUUGAGAAGGAAUUUCAAAGGUUAAGGGGACUGAGUUUGAGCUCAUUACUACUUCCUUGGACAUAUGUUUGUCGCAAGGAUGAGCUCGGGUCCAGCUCCAUCACUCAGAAACCUGUUGAAGAAGCGCUUAACUACAAGAUUGUUCUUCUUUAUCUAUGCACAGAGAAAGAGAAAGAUCUAGCUGAUAAAUUGGCUGUGCUUAAGGAGGGGUAUGAAAAGAGAGAGCAUUCAAAUGUUGUUGAGGUGGUUGCUGUAAGCAUAGAUGACCCAUCCAAGUCAGCUAAACUUUGCGAAGAAUUCUUCCUUCUGCGCGGUGGCACACACCAGGCUGUUGUUGCAUUUGGUGAAGAUGGUCUGAUUCAAUCUAUGGAUGCUUGUCAACUUUUGGAAUGUCAAGGUGGUGCUCCUUCCCAUGACAAUCUACAUAAAGAGGUUGCUCGGGAAUUCGAAAACGAUUGGUUUCCAUACAUGCAGGGCACAAUGGCUCCUCUUUGCGGUGAAGUGUUUGCAUGAUAAUUAUACUCCAAUUUCUUUUAAAAUAAUUAUAUUAUCUACUCCGACGACCCCCCCUACCUCGCAAUGGUUAGCUGAUCAGACAGUCCAAUACUCCAGUUUAAUUAAAUUAUUUUGAUGUAAAAUAUAACCACAAAGCACCACCUUGGAUCAACUCAAGAUUGUGGAGACCAUGGAUCAACAUAACCACGAAGCAUUAAAGGAAUUGGGUGAAA